AUGAGCAAGUACACUCUUAAAUUUAAAGCAAAAGAAAUUGAAGACAUGUAUUAGGCCUAGUCGUUUUAAAAGCAUCUAAAGCCAUUGUUUUAUGGUUUAUUGGUCAUUACAUUGUCAUUGAACACUCUUUAACUUGUAAUUAUUGCAAGGAAGGAUAAUUUAGCCUAAGGGUAUAUUAAUAUGGGUUUUAUUGUAACUUGUCUCAUUGGGUUAUAUAUCAUGUACAAAAAGGAAGGAUUGACAGCAAAGAUUUUGACUAUUACUAAUGCUUAUUCGUUGUCUUUACAAUUCAAUUUUACUCCUGAAAAUACAGAAAAUUAAGAAUAUUUUUUAUAUGGUUGUAAUUUCUCACUGAUUUAGGCAGUAAUAUACUUUGCAACUGACUUUAAUUUAAGUUGUCCUUCUCUCAUAUUUCAUAUUAUUUUCAGAUAAACAGCAACGAUUUUAUUAACUAAUAAAAUAGACAUCUAGUGUUUGUCAUUGUCAGUUGUUGCUGCUAUAUUAGCCACAAGUGUUUUAUACAUUUGUAAUAGAGCCUAAAGAAUGCAAUUUUUGAUGAGCUAUCAACAAGAUACUAUUAAUAAUUAGUUGCAUAAAUUAAUAAAUAAGCCAUUCACAAAGAUUUAGUAUAAUGAGAAGAAACUGUAUAUGGAUGUUUAGACAACUGCAAUUUAAGAACAAUUCUGGAAUUUCAGAAGUGAUAUUUGUUAUGGAUGUAAUAUCAGAAGUUUUCUUCGCAUUUGUGUCUUCAACAAUAUGUCUUUAGAACAGGCUUUAAUUAUGGGCCAAGCUAAAUUUGAUGAGAUAUUUGAGGUUAAAUAAUUCAGAAAACGAAUCAAACUUCGAUUAUGCUAGUAUAACAUUGAUAAUAGUAUUAUUUUAAUUUAAGAAAAUGUUUAAUAAGAUCCAGUUCAAUAUAAUAAAAUUUCACAGAAUUUAUAAUAAUCACUUUUCAAAUAAUUUAAAACCAUUAAAAAGACGCCCUUAAGUUAGCAAUUCAAGUUCGGAACUCUAUCAGUUUUAAUGUUGAGACAAUUUAAGAUCUAAACUAUAAAUAUAAGGAAAUUGAUACAACAUUUAAUCUCUAUCUACUUAUAUCCUAAAAAAGCAAAAUUAAAUUUGAAUGGAAAUCGCACUAUAAAAUUAAAAACUUAUGGGUACUUAAUGAAAAUAUACUUAAUCUAAGUGUUUAGCAUUUUAAGAGAAUUAGAAUAUCAAAAAAACUACUUAGAGGAAAUUAAUAUAAAGAAUUUAGAAACACAUCUCCAAAUUAAAAUAACGAUAACAGAUUAGUUCUCUUUUUUUCCGCUCUACUCAAAAAAUUAUUUUAUUGAAUAAACUGCUCCUUAUUUGCUAUUAAAUCCAUUAGGUUAUGAUUUGGAAUUUUAAUUUAGCAAGAUAUUGCCUUUUAGCGAUAUUAAUCUAUAAUAUUGA